UGUUUUCCCCUCGUCUGGAGGGAAGUUUUCUCUCGAAUCCUUUUAAUAGUUCCACUUCUGCAACAUUUUUUGGAGGGGGAAAAAAAAAAAUGCUGCGCCCGCUCGUGAUUCUGCUUUGCCUGGGGACGCUCCGCCACACCUCGGAGGCCGUGGAGGCGGAAAAGCUGGCGGAUAAAAAGACGUGCGGCGACGAAGAGUGCUCGUAUGUGCUCUCCAUGGCCACAGUUUUGGAUGACUUCAUAGGUCCGGACUGCAGAUUCAUCAACCUCAAGAAGGAGCAGAAGGUUUAUGUGUAUUCUAAACUGGUACCAGAGGAGGGCGGUGGCGUCUUCUGGUCUGGCAGUGUGUACGGCGAUCGCUACGUGGACCAGAUGGGCAUCAUCGGAUACUUCCCUGCUACCUUAGUGAAGGAGACGCAGAGGUUUAGAGAGGAAACAGUUGAGAUUCCAACAACAAACGCAGAUUUCUCCUGUGCUUAAAUAAGGUGGACACGGACGGACGCUUCCUCUGUGCUCGUUCCAGCAAUCUGGGCGACAGAAUUUGAAUCCACGGUUGUUAUCCGCAGAAGUGCUGCAACCAAACUGCGGCGGCCUUUCAUUUAUUUGUCACGCCAAUUCACAUCAGUUUUAAUGAUAACGGGUUAGUUUUACGGAUGUCCUAACCAACAUUUUUGGCCUUAGACUUAGACAAACUUUAUUGAUCCACAAUUGGUGGGUGUGUUAUGUUCCACGUAGUGGGAGUUUGUUUGUUUUGUUUCUUCUUCUAUUGUUUGUACAGGUCACAAUCAUGUUCCCAGCUGCUCCUCAUUUCACCUGUUGAUCAGCCAGCCAAUCCCGGUCCACCAUUCAUCCUCCGCCUGCUCACCACUGGAUGAGGUGGAUUCUUUUUCUGACAUGCUGUGUGGAACUUUGGUAGACGCUAGGGAUGAUACUCGAAACCGGUUUUCCCGGUUGUUCGAUAAGAAAAGAACACAGUCCUCGGACUCGAAUCCCUUUUUAAAAACCGGUACCCGUUAUCGAGACCACUAUAGUAAAGAAAAAGAGUUGGUUCUAUAUUCAAACCCCUCGGAACCAAUCCCGUCCCGACCAGAAAUGCUCCGUGUGACAUCACAAGAAAUGACGUCACGUAGCACGGUCAUUAAGCGCAGAUAGCGAAAGCAGGAAAAAAAUGGACGGGAAAAAGCGCUCCAAUGUGUAAUAAAGUUCAAAACAAAAGGUAUAAUCCAAUGAAUAACUUUACUGGGAGAUUUGAGCAGACUACAAACACAUGACCAACACUUUUACGACCAACCGGAAACAUAGCAACGCACCUCCUGGUCGGAUCACAGCUGACUCUUCUCACCCUGGACACACACUAUUCUCCCCUCUCCCCUCAGGCAGGAGACUACGCUCCAUCCAGACCCACACCUCCCGCCACCUGAACAGUUUUUUCCCCUCGGCCGUCAGGCAAAUGAACAAGAACUCCUAACAGCAGCUCCUUGAAUUCCUUGAAUCCCUUCUAAGUCUAUCUGAUAGCUCAGUCACAGCUCUUUUUAUACCAAAUAUGUGUUAUAUGUGUUUUGUUUUGCACGAUUGCACCAAGAAAAAUUCCUAGUUUGUGAACCCGUUCUCAAACAAUGGCAAUAAAAACUAUUCUGAUUCUGAUUCUGAUUCUUUACGGCAGCUGUCGCAACGUUCUUAUAGCAACCGCAGCACAUACAUAUAUGACAUGAUCUCCCUUUCUCAACUUUUGUUUUUCUUUCCUUGUAAACAAAACAAAAUCACACUGUAUUUGUGUUGUCUGUCUAAUUAUAAAUAAUGCAG